GUUAUGGAUGGCAUAUCCAGCGAAACCUUUGGCUACCAACGAAUGCCAGAGCCUGAGCAAAUGGCAUUCGACUGGCAGUUGGAGCGAAUCUGGUUGCCUCUGGAUAUGUACUCACUGAAGAACCUACCAAAACCAUUCGCAUCCUCCCUACUGGAGGGACGUGUUUUCGCCAUAGAUAGCAAUUGGUUCCGGCAUCUUGGCGGAUGGGAUGAUGGCCUCAGGAACACUGGUGGCGAUGCCCUCGAACUCAGCCUCAAAGUGUGGCAGUGUGGCGGUCGCAUCCUCACAAUUCCCUGUUCUCGAGUGGGACUCAUCUUUAAACGGGAUGAGGCAGUGGCUCAAAUAGCUCCGAAUAGAAACCACAAUAUACAAGUCCGAAAAAAUUUCAAACGGGUUGUGGACGUCUGGUUCGACGAGUAUAAGCUUCAUUUUUAUCGGUAUAAUCCAAGGUUGCGAAAUCUGUCAACUGAAUCGUUAGAUGGACCGCGAGAUCUGCGUCGUCGCCUAAAUUGCAAAUCAUUUGGAUGGUACAGAAGCCAAGUGGCGCCUCCAUACAGGGACCAUUAUCUUCAUGCCGGACUUUCCAACUAUGCGGUCGGUAAAAUAAUACCCUUUGCGGCGCCAAACUAUUGCCUAGCUAUUAGAGCAGGAAUUCCAAUCAUGAGGAAAUGCAAUUCCACAAAAUAUGAAGACUGGACAUUGACGCCUCGCUGCCAACUGAAACAUGGUCAAAUGUGUCUGGAUGUGGACUCCCAAAAUAAUGUGAAGGUAUCGAAGUGCACUAAAAAGAUACCGGACCAUCCCUGGCAGUACAAUUACCAGCACAGGUCCUUUGUCAGCAUUGGAAACAAGUGUCUGCAAAUCGGUUUUAAAACGGUCGACCUUAGUUUAAGAACUUGUGAUGAUAAUGUGACACAUCAACGUUGGAUGUUCACUGGGGUGACGGACACAACAUUAGAUCACACCAUGGAAGUGUGUUUAGGUAUUAAAAAUUAGAUCUUCUAUUAAUUCUCUUUUCUUCAAUUCUCGUAAACUUCAAAAUCAAUUUCUUACCCAAACUUAAAACAUUUUGUUGUGCAUACUACUUUAUUUUAUUUCGCUUAUUUUUUAGAUUGCUUAAAAUAUAGGGAUCAGACGAAAAAAAAACUUUUCAAUUUUAAAAUUAAUUUUAGUUAAUAACGAUAUCUUUUUACCCAAUUACUACAACUAAGUAUGAUGAAUUUUAAUAAGUAUAAAUUCUAAUAACCUUAUUUCCGUUUAGCUUAAGGCCAAUUGGAAUUUGGCAGGUAUCGAGAGGUAGCGCUUGUAUAGUUAUUGAAGGCACUAAUACCUUUUAAA